GCCCUGCCCUGUCCUUCAAAGAGCAGGGGGAGCUGCUCUUCGGUCUGCUAAAGCAAGAGCCGAAUUUCAUUAUGGUGCCCUACGGCGUCUUCGACUUUGUGCAGGGCAUCCUGGACUUUGUGGCGGGCAUCUUCCCCCAGCAGUCAGACUUGGCGGAGUACGGCCGCAUCGGCCGGUACUACGCAGAGCAGAGCAUGCUGGUAUUAGACCCAAAGACCAACAAGUACAGCGAGGAGCUGACGCCUUCUUAUGGCAGGACGGAUCUCAAGACCUUCCUGACGGAAGCCCUGCAG